UCACUCCCCUUUCCCUUAAGAUCAUCCUCAUGACCAUGCCUCUUCCUCCUCCUCCCCCUUCUUCUUCUUCUUCUUCGCUCCAAUGGCUAAGCUUAGUAGGAACACUGUGGCUUCAAUCCAUCAACGGCGCGAACUCCGACUUCCCGGUAUACUCAUCGCAACUCAAAGACCUCAAACACUUCUCUCAAGUCCAACUCAACUUCCUCGCCUUCGCCUCCGAUGCGGGGAAACUCUUCGGAUGGUCUUCUGGGAUCGCUGCAAACCACCUCCCUCUCUGGCUCGUCGCGGUCAUCGGCGCCGUUCUCGGGCUCAUCGGCUACGGGCUUCAGUUCCUCUUCUUAGAAAACUCUAACCUAUCCUACUGGCACCUCUUCAUACUCACUUCCCUAGCCGGAAACGGCAUAUGCUGGAUCAACACGGUGUGUUACCUCAUAUGCAUCAAGAACUUCUCUUUCGAUUCUAGGGUUGCAGUAGGGAUAUCCACGAGCUACGUGGGCCUAAGUGCGAAAGUGUACACGGUCGUCGCAGAAGCCGUGUUCUCCCCAAGGGCUAAAUCUAAAGCUAAGUCCUACCUCCUCCUCAAUGCAGUUACACCAGUUCUAGUCACCACACUAGUCGCGCCGUUUCUUCGAGUCGUCGACGCGAAGCACAAAGAAGGGAAAAGAGAUCCUGCUUUCGUCGCGAUGUUCGCGAUAACGCUAGCAACCGGGGUUUGCGCCGUGGCGGGGAGCAUCGGCUCGGCAUCGCCAACGGGGUUCUCCUCGAGAGAGCACAUGCUGAGCCUGGGCGUGCUCUUGGCUUCUCCUUUAGUAGUUCCCGUGGCUUUUAAGUUGAAAGAGAGCAUAAGCGACAUAUGGGGGGAGAAGAGAGAGAGGAGAGUGCACGGCUUAAGUGUCGAUGAGAUAGAACUAGGAGGAAGAGAGAGAGACAUGGAGGAGGAGGGGAAAAAGGAACAAGAAGAAGAAGAAGAAGAAGAAGAACAACAACAACAAGUGGUUGUGGCUGAGGAGGAGAUGAUGAGGGGAGGAAUAGUCGAAGGGGGAAUAGAGGAAGUUGGAGGGGUUAAGAUGCUAAAAAGGGUGGAGUUUUGGUUGUACUUUUUGAGCUACAUGUUUAGUGGGACUCUAGGGUUGGUGUUCUUAAACAACUUGGGUCAAAUAGCCGAGUCGCGUGGGCUCGGUGAGACUUCCACUUUGGUCUCGUUGUCGUCCUCCUUUGGCUUCUUCGGGCGCCUCAUUCCCGCUCUCUUGGACUACUCCUCCUCCAAGGCUAAGUACAAGGUAUCAAGGUCCUUAUCAAUGGCAAUACUCAUGGCUCCAAUGGCUGGGUCCUUCUUCUUGCUCCUCAACUCAACCACGAUUUUCUUAUACCUCUCCACCGCUAUCAUCGGCGCGUGCACCGGCUCCGUCACAUCCAUCGCCGUAUCCGCCACCUCCGAGCUCUUCGGCAAGAAGCACUUCGGGGUGAACCACAACAUUGUUGUCACCAAUAUCCCCGUUGGGUCCUUUUGCUUUGGCUACUUAGCUGCUUUUCUCUACCAAAAAGGUGCUGUUGGAGGAAGCCAUAAGUGCUUCGGGAGUGGAUGCUACAACACCACCUUCAUUAUUUGGGGCUCCACUUGUUCUAUAGGAACUGUUCUGUGUACAAUACUCUACGUACGGUCUCGGAGACUCACGUUACCUAAGAUUAUUUAGUUAACAUGUUACAGAUAUACGUACGUAUACCGUAUAGCUAACUUCAGGUGAUACUCCUUUUUUCUGUUUUUUGAAUGGGUUUUGAGUGUCACCACUUUACAAUCUCAGGUUGUGGAGUUUUUAAUUUCAUAUGUGUUUAGGAUAGCUCUCAUGUGAACGAUGGGUUUCACAAAAACAGUAUCAAGUGAAAUACUAAAUAUUUAUAAUUAUGUAUAUUUUCUUGCUGCAGCAAUACACAAAAACAGUUGGUAA